UACAUAACAAAAUAUUUAUCCGUCAUCUGUCUCUCCCACGUUGGGUUUGUUAUGGUGCCGGGGCCCCGUCCUUCCAGUUGUAGAAAAUAGUACUGGAAAUGCCUCCCAAAAAGGUUGCUGCUCCUGAACCCAGGCCUCUGAUUGGUCGAGUGGGGACUAAUUUGAAGGUCGGCAUUGUGGGUCUUCCAAAUGUUGGCAAGUCGACCUUCUUCAAUGUCUUGACCAAGUCAUCGGCACAUGCUGAGAACUUCCCCUUCUGUACCAUUGAUCCAAAUGAAAGUAGGGUUCCCGUGCCGGAUGCAAGAUUUGACUAUUUGUGCGACUUCCACAAACCUGUCAGCAAAGUGCCAGCAUUUCUGAAUGUGACUGACAUUGCUGGUCUGGUGAAGGGUGCAGCUGAGGGACAAGGCCUGGGAAAUGCCUUCCUCUCACACAUCAAGGCCUGUGACGCUCUCUUCCAUCUCACCCGGGCGUUUGACGACGAUGAUGUCACCCACGUAGAAGGGGAUGUCAACCCCGUCCGAGAUCUAGAAAUUAUCCUCGAUGAACUACGAUUAAAGGACAUCGAGUAUAUUGAGACAGUGUAUGAUAAGCUGUUUAAGCUGGCAGAGCGAGGUGGAGACAAGAAACUGAAGCCUGAGUAUGACUGUGUGUGUAAGGUCAGAAAUCUCUUGAAAGACGAGAAGAAGCACGUGCGGUUUGCCGAAUGGGAUACCAGAGAGAUUGAGGUGUUGAAUAAGCACCUUCUUAUCACCAGUAAACCUAUGAUCUAUCUGGUCAACUUGUCUGAGAAGGACUUUAUUAGGAAGAAGAACAAGUGGUUGGUGAAGAUCAAAGAGUGGAUUGAUACCAACGACCCAGGCGCCAUCCUCAUCCCCUUCUCCGGGGUGUUGGAGCUGAAGGUGGCCGAGAUGGAACCCGAAGCUAAGGAACAGUACGCCAAGGACAACAAAGUCAGCAGUUCCCUUGACAAGAUCAUCAUCCAGGGUUACAAGGCCCUCCAGCUUAUGUACUUCUUUACUGCUGGACCUGAUGAGUGUAAGGCCUGGACUAUACAGGCUCAAGCACCCCAGGCUGCCGGGAAGAUCCACACAGACUUCGAGAAGGGUUUCGUGAUGGCUGAAGUCAUGAAGUACAACGACUUCAAGGAAGAGGGGUCGGAGGCAGCCUGUAAGGCUUCUGGGAAGUACCACCAAAGAGGUCGUGUUCAUUACGUGAGCGGAGACAUAAUAUUCUUCAAGUUCCAACCGGUGGCCUGAAGAAGAAAUGAGACUGGUUGUUGCUAGUGCUUCUCGUGGUAUUUUAUGUCCAAAUGAUUGCGGUGUUUAUUUGCAUCUGUGAUCUCCUGAGUAAAUUUUAAUCAGGAUGGA